UGCGGCGUGCGAAAAACGUGGUUGAUGCGCUUGAUGUGCUAGAAUUGCUACGGAUGAUAUUGGCAGAAGUAAUAUAACGGUGUAAUUACCGUCCAUUAACAUUGCUUGUACAUUUCGUGCGUGGGUUCAGUGCCGUCCAAUGGCAAAAAUGAGCAAGUCGCUGGAAAACAUGGAUGAUGGCGAACUGCCUCGUGGUGAAGAGCACAGAACACCUUCCACUGUGAAGCGAUCCGCUCUCGAGAAGGAUGAUCUGUUCAAGGCCCGUGACAGCGACCUGCCGAAAAAGCGCAGUCGUAAACGAAAGAAGAAGAAGUCAGAUGAAGAUGAAGCUGAGGAGGAUGAGUCAUCAUCUGUAGCUGUGGAGCCACUGACAAUUCGUCUGCUGGCCGAGGGUUUGGUGGUGCUGGGCCGUGUGCAGCAGGUGCAGGAGUUUGGCCUGCGUAUUUCCCUCCCAGGGGCCAUCACGGGCCGAGUAUCCCUGACCAACAUCUCACAGCCGUACAGCCUGCUGCUGCGCCAGUUUGCCCAGGGGGUCCAGGAUCAAACCACAGAGAUACUUCCCCUGCAAAAGCUAUUCCAAGAAGGCCAAACUGUAGUCUGUAAAGUUAUUGCUGCUGCUCCAGUGGAAUGGGGAUCUUCCAAGGUGUCUGUUGACCUUUCCUUGGAUCCAGCUGCAGUGAAUGCCUCGAUGACACCAUCUGUCCUACAGAAAGGAAUGGUACUCCAGGCAGCAGUGUCGAGCAUAGAGGACCAUGGGUACACCAUGGAUUGUGGAGUGGACGGUGUCACUGCCUUCCUUUCUCGGGCUGAAGCAACUCCAUUCAUCAAGCAGUGCAAUGCAGGUCAUGCACUUUCUGUUGGCCAACUGGUCCCGUGUGCAGUUCUGGCUAAUACUGGAGGUGGCCGAGCCUUACAAUUGACAGCACGACCUUCAACUGUCAAUGCACCGCUGUCGCAGAGUGAAGGGCUGGUGGUAAGCUGGAAUGGUAUAGAAGCAUGUGUGCACCGCAGCCACUUGCCAGGACCAUGGGAUAGCCCAGAGGACAUCACGGUGGGUCAGACAUUAGUGGGCACGCUAUUGUACGUGCAGCCACUUGUUCAGCGACCCUACUUAAGUCUUCAAAAGCCCUCGAGUCGAGGUACGUUUGGAGCAAUUCGCCCUGGUGCCCUCUUGGAGGGUGCGGCAGAAGUCGUGGCCAUAGAGGCUGGUGCUGUGCAUCUGCGCCUCGAGCCCAGCGGUCUUCGUGCUCUCUGCCCUCGACCUCUCGUGGCUGAUGAAGAUGUUGAAGAUGCCCGCGACUUUGUCGCCGCUGGUGAACGUCUGAGUUGCCGUGUCAUGGCUCUCAGCUACAUGGAUAAAGUUGUGGUUGUGUCCCUAAAGAAGUCCAUGCUGUCAGAAAAAUAUGUUACCCCCGAUGCUUUGGUUCCAGGAGCCAAGUUCGAAUGUACGGUGCGGCAAAUGCAGCGUUCUGGCAUACUGGUCAGUUUGAGCCCAUGGACGGCAGGCUUUAUUCAAAAGCUACAUGUGAGUGGUCCGGGAGAAGAACAGCCCACUCUUGGCUCUAAAGUGCGAUGUCGUCUGCUCAACGUUGAUCGCAGCUUUGACCCGCCAAGGCUUCUUCUGACCUGCCGACGUGCGCUGGUCACUUCAAAGCGCCCACUUAUAACCUCCUAUGAUGAUUGCAUUCCUGGUAAACUUAUAGAGGGCCUUAUUGUCCAUGCCACACCACAAGGCCUCCUUGUGACUUUCUACAACAAUAUUAAAGGCUGGGUGCCUUCUCGGGAAAUGCCUCAUUCUGGCCAUGGCACAAAUGCAAAUUACACUGAAGGCAAGGUUGUGACCUGCCGUGUAGUUGACUGCCAACCCUCAGAAGAACGUUUGACAUUGUCACUAAAGCUGGCUCCGAAAGGGGAACAAGAACAGGAAAAGCAAUCUGCCCAGGAAGUUACAACGUCCACGAAGUCUGGUGCCAUGGAAGUGGGAACACUUGUCUCGGGUUGUGUCGAAGCUAAGGUGAAAGAUGGCUUCACUGUGCGACUUCGCACUGGAGAAAGUGCAUCUCUUCCCAAGCAGCACCUGUCUGAUUUUGAGCCACACUGUGUCCGUCUUCAGCAGCUGCUUGCAGAGGGAACCAACCUCACUAACCUCGUUAUUUUCAACUCCUCAGAGAGCCUUGUUGUGUCACGAAGAACAUCACUUGUGAAUGCAGCUCAGAGGGGGUUGCUUGUUUCCCAUUUUGAAGAUAUGGCUCCAGGUACUCUUGUUUUUGGUGUCCUGUUAGCCUUUGUGAGGCAUGGUAUGCUGCUGGAACUCCCUGGAGGCAUCCGAGGCUUUGUUCCACUCAAGGAUGUUUCUGACGAAUUUAUUACGGAUGCCUGCAAGUCGGGUUUUGUGAUUGGCCAGUGCCUGGUGGGCAGGGUGACCAAAGUGGAUUCUGAAAAACAGCAAGUCUGGUUAAGCACAAGCAUGCGCAGUUGUGGCGAAAAAAACUUUGGCAGCACAAUGGAGUGCCUUGCAGCACAACUUACUGAUGAGGAACUUAUCUCAAGAUUGGAGCAAACUCAAGAUCCGAUUGUUGGCAGCAUUGUCAGAGUGACUGUACAGGAUGUAGAUGAAGAGAACCAGCUUGUCCAUUGCAAGAUUGCGGAAAGUACGCUAUCUGCCACAGCUGAAACUGUUCCAGGCAGGAGCAUUGCAAGCGGUAGCACACACGAGGCUGUCGUUCUCCAUUGUAGUACUGCACACUUGAAUGUCGAGCUGUGUCUUGACCCUCAAGUUGUACGGAGUGUCAGCGCAGCGAGGAGGACAAAGCCUGUUCUGCGGCGCAUCCAGUCUGGUCGAUUGCUGCAUCUGAAGCCCAGUCAUGCGGUGGUUCUUCUGCAUUCUGGCCACUUGUGCCUGGUGCCUACCAAGAGUCAUUUCAACUCCACCUUUCAUUUGCCCCUGGAAAAAAAGGCCAUAGUUUCCGUGUGGACUUGGAAGCAUUGUGGAAAUGUUAUUGUUGGCUGCACAAAGGCCACUUUAGACUACUUAGGGCAUAAGGAAGUGGCCAAAUUCCACCCUAGAAAAGAAAAAGAGGCUGCAAGCGACACUGUGGUGCAACCAAGUAAAGAUUCGUGCCCAGAUAGUGGCAAAUUAAUGCCCAAUGUAGAUGGGGAAGAACUGGCUCAUGGGAAGCUUGACGUGAAAACACAGCAUCGCAAGCAAAAGAAAUCCCAAGUUGAGCAAGAUUGUCAUAUGGAUGAGCCUGAUAUUGACAAAGGCAAGAACUUCGGCAACAGAAGUUCUGGCACAGCUGCUGUGGAGGAAGACAAUUUGGAACAUACUGUUGGAAUGGCUAGAGGCAGUGAAACAGUAAGCACGUCACUACAACCAAGAGGAAUUGUCAGCCAGAAGUUGUCCACAAAAAAGCAAAAUAUGCGGAGCAUCAUGGCUAUUGUGAGAUCUGUGGAGAAGCUGCAGCUCAAAAUCACCCUUGAGAAUGGUACAAAGGGUCGUGUGCAUGUCAGCUUUAUUGACGCGAACCCAAAAGAGGGUGAGAGCCCACUGAAGAGGUUUGAGCCAGGUGAUCAGCUGGAGGUAUACGUCAUAGAGCGUGUUAUACCUCUUCAUAGCCGGGCAUUGGCAAUCACUGGACGCAGGAACUUUUGUGAAUGCAGCCUCUUCCCUGCUGAGAAAAACGAGUUUGCUCCAGCACCGGGUAGUGAGGUCAUUGGAUAUUUUUCACAUUUCUCUGAGGGAAGCCUGGUCUUUGCAUUGACACAUAACAAAAUGGGCAGACUUCCAGUCUUGAACAUGGACCUACCACCAUCGAGGCUUGGCUACAUACACACUGAACUUAAGGCUGGCCAGGCUGUCAAGGUCAAGGUCCUCAGGGCAGAUGAAAGCUCGGUGGUUGAACUGUCACAGCUAGGUGUAACCACCUUAACUGUGGACAGUGUGGUGAAUGGCUAUGUUGUAAGUGCUCGAGCCGGUGUGGGCGCAUGCGUGUCUCUUCCACUUGGUCAUCGUGGGACAAUCAGCAUCACUGAUAUCUGUGACGAUUUCAGUCAAGCAGCAACACUGAUGGCCAACUAUGUUCAGGAACGCUAUUUGCGAUGCUACAUCCAAGACAUCGACAGUGAGACAAACACGUAUCACCUGUCAACAAGGGAGUCUCGGCUACAUCCUGAAAGUUGCAAAGAGAUUGAAGACAAGGAAAUCGUAGCUCUUAGCAGCAUCACUGUAGGCACUACCCUUCGAGGGUUUGUAAAGACUGUGAACAAACAUGGCUGUUUUGUCACUGUGGGAUGUGGAGUAGUGGGACUGAUACCCUUGUCAAAGCUGCCUGCUCACUUGCAACGGAGCCACAAAGCCAUGAAGAUCGGCGAGCUGGUCAGUGUUGUUGUGAAAAGAAUCCAGGCCUCGGAGAGACGGCUAUUCCUCGGUUUAGUGCAUCGUGUGCAGGCAAAUGCCACAUUGCCCCGCAAGAGGAAAUUGUCCAAUUCCUCCGCAGAUGAGCUAAUCUUUGACAGUAGCGAAAAGAAAAUUAAGCUUGACGACCCGCUGCCCCGACUCAGUCUGGAUGAGGGCUUCAGCUGGGAUGUUGAAGCCACCCCGGACUUGGGGAAGCUACUGGAAGAACGGCCAGCUGUCAAUAGUAGCGACGACGAAGAUGGUGAUGACGGCAGUGCAAAGAAAAGUCGCAAAGAGAUCCGUCAAGAAAGGGAGCAGGCUGAAGCACAGUUACGCAAGAAGGAACGCAUGCUGGUUGACCCAAGCCGUGAGCCUGAGACAGUUGAUGAUUUUGAUCGGUUGGUCUUGGUGUCGCCCAACAGUUCUAUAGUAUGGCUUCGAUACAUGGCUUUCCAUUUACGUCAAGCUGAGAUUGAGAAAGCACGUGCUGUAGCAAGGCGGGCACUGUCAUGCAUCGACUUCAGGGAAGAGCAAGAGAAACUGAAUGUGUGGACAGCACUGCUAAACCUGGAGCACUUGUACGGAACACAGGACUCUCUUGACAGUGUCUUCAAGGAGGCACUGCAGUUCAAUGAGCCGCUGAAGGUCUACAUGCACUUGGCGCAGAUCUAUGUCGAGGGCAACAAGAGGGAGCAAGCAGAGCAGCUGUACAAGCAGACGCUGAACAAGUUCAAACAGCAUGCAGAUGUCUGGCUUAGCUUUGGCCUGUUCUACAUGAAAUGUGGACAGAUUGAGGCUUGCAGGGCCCUUCUUCAGCGAGCUCUCAAAAGCCUACCGAGUCGGGAACAUGUUGUGCUUAUAACAAAGUUUGCACAAAUGGAGUUCAAAUAUGGUGAUGCUGAAAGGGGACAAAGUAUGUUCAACAGCAUCUUGGACAACUACCCAAAGCGCACAGACUUGUGGAUUGUGUAUGUGGACAUUCUCACAAAGCUUGGUGAUGUGGACAAUGCAAGAAAAACCUUUGAAAAAGCAACAUCACUCAACCUGAAUCCCAAGAAGAUGAAGUCUUUGUUCAAAAAAUGGCUAGACUUUGAAAAGGAACAUGGUGAUGCAUCACUAUGUGAAGUGGUGAAGCAGCAUGCAGUGCAGUAUGUUCAACAACGCACAGCAAAGAGUACACAUAUGUAAA